AUGGAAGAUUGUUCUAAGCAUAUAUUGUGCAGGGAUGCUGCUGCUCUAGCUCAUUUCUGGGCUUGUCUAGAAGAAGAAGUGCACAAGAAUGAAAACUUAACAGAGGUAGAUGUCGCUAACAAGCUCCUGGAAUUCCGUUCAGUGCAAGAUGGAUUUAUGGAGACAAGCUUCGAUACGAAUAUAUAUUCAGUUACUGAUGUGCACUCCUUUCCUCAAAUUAUUCCUGCAGGUUUCGGUGCAAACGGAGCUAUUAUUCAUUAUAAACCAGAGCCAGAGAGCUGCAGUCGUGUAGACCCUCAAAAACUUUUCUUACUCGAUAGUGGAGCUCAAUUUGUCGAUGGAACAACAGAUAUAACCAGAACAGCGAAUUUUAGUGAACCUUCUACCCGAGAAAAAGAAUGUUUCACCCGAGGUCAUAUAGCUCUUGAUCAAGCCGUGUUCCCAGAAGGUAAUCCUAGCUUUGUACAGGAUGGGUUUGCACGCUCUUCUCUAUGGAAAAUCGGACUUGAUUACUGCCAUGGGACAGGACACGGUGUAGGUGCUGCAUUCAAUGUGCAUGAAGGUCCUCAAAGUAUUAGCUUUCAGUAUGGAAACAUGACCCCUAUUCAGAAUGGCAUGAUAAAUCUCCUUCAUGUGAAAGAUGCUGAAACACCGAACCGCUUUGGUGGUGCUACGUACCUUGGAUUUGAGAAGCUUACAUUCUUCCCCAUUCAGACAAAGAUGGUUGAUGUUUCUUUACUAUCUCAUGCUGAGAUCGACUGGCUCAAUUGUAACCACGCUGAAGUCUGGGAAAAGGUUUGA